AAUCAGCAAACCAGAUGACAAAGUAUCCACGGCAUGUGCGUAUUUUCGAUAACCGUUGUGGCUAUAUAUUUGCGCGAUAUUCUGAAACAUUCGGAAACAGCGUAAACACGAGAAUGAAUAUCUGUUACUUGAUUACUGCGGGAAUACUGUGUGCAAUUGGAGUAUCAGAAUGCCUUGAAUGCUUCAAUUGUCUAAACAUCGCUGAUCAACGGACUUGUACAAACACAAGUCAAUGUUCAAAUAGUGAGUCCUGUUAUUUGCAAACGCUGCAUUCCGGCAAUGAAGUACGUUACAACAUGGGCUGUCAGAACAAUCAGUUGUGCAGUGCGGUAGCUGUUAACCCCAACGGUAUCAUUGGUCGCUCCAUCCAGACCAGACAGCAGUAUUCUUGCCAUGAAUGUUGCAGCAAUAACCGUUGCAAUGCGCAUCUAUGUGUUCACAGUAAACCAACAUUGUGCAUUGACGACAUAACACUGGACUGUGUGCGCCUUAACUCUAUUUUCAACGUUUGUGCUGAUGUUCAUCACGCCAAAACCAUUUGCCCAAAGUUUUGCGGACUCUGUCACCUCGGCAAGAAUAUUUCAUACCAAAACACAUCCAUAGAAAACUUGUAUUGA